AGUCGGUAGUCUGUCGCUCGCUGGUUGGCACGCGUGUGUCUUUUGCAGCUGGUCGCGGUUUGUCCGGCGUUUGGUCCGCCGUCGGUCGCUACGAAAAAAGGCUCAGACUGUGUUUUUCGCCCCCAUUAGCUGGCCGAUGUGAUAUCGCGUGUCGCUUUAUUGACGACCGACGGUGACGGACGGUUUCUCGGGUAGUGUGUUUGCAUGUGAUGUGUGCGGCGCGUUCGUGUGUUUGCCAGUGAGUAAUCACUGUCUUCGCCACCGCACCAGACCGACCGACUACUGCCGCUUGGAUAAUGUCGUCCUUCUAGUGAACGGGACUACAACUACUGGUUGAUUAGUUUACAUUUUAGGGCCAUUACGAUUUGUCCUGUAAAAUGUGGUGCCCGUUAGUGAGUGGUUCGAAGAGCUGAAGUGCUUCAUCGAUUGCCGAGGGGGAAAUAUCCGCUGUGAAUUGCGUCUCUGUGUCAUUACGCCCUGUGCAGUGGUCGCCAGUGGUGCGUGGGGAAGGCGUCGAGUGUUAAUGCUGAUUAAAUUAGAACCACAAGGAUCCUUCGGUUUGCGUGUCGUUAACUCCAAAGAAUCCCGUUCGGUCGUGUGGCCAUGCACUACGUCGGCCGACUGCGCUAAGGUGCCGGACGCGAGCUGCUCGAUCUACGGCUUCUGCCAGUGCCCGGCCGGGCAUGUGUUCUCCACCGACGUCACCCGCUGCCUGCCCGAGCGAUCGUAUGGGCUGAGCUGCGAGGAAGCGGUCCAGUGUUCUCAUAUGCUUACCGGUGCCAAGUGCGAGGACAAACUAUGCACCUGUGAUACCGGGUACACGUACGUACGUGGACGAUGCCGUCAGCUAGCAAACCUCGGCGAACCUUGUAACGCGGAUAUCGACUGUUUCUUCAGCUAUAAUCGAGAGGCCGUGGUGUGUAAAGAGGGCAAGUGCCAAUGUGCACCGAAUUUCUACCUUCGAAGCACAAAUGUCUGCCGGCGUGAAGUAACUCUUGGCGAGCGGUGCCUUGUAGACCAGGACUGCGUCGGAGAGGACCUAGAGUGUAACAAUGACUUCUGUGUCAAAAAGGAAGCACAAACGAAAACCUACCGGGACAUCGGAGUGCAGGCGAAGCCCUCCUGUGAGGAAAAGAAAGCGCAAGCGGAAACGAGGGUGACCCGAGAUCAUCAGCAGCAAACCAGCGUCGACGUUGGUGGGGGUGGCGGCGGCAGCAGCAGCAGCGGUUGUGGCACCGAAGGUGAUGCAAAUAGUGGGGCUGCUCCGAAGGAUCUUCAGGACGAGAAACGCAAGGAGAGUAACUCCAGUGGUGCCACGGCCAAGCGAGUUCGCCUGCAGUCGAGUGCCGAUGACACACCGACUAAGGAUGAGACUACGCCCGGGUAUGGUGAUACGUGUAGUGAGGAAACUAAACCUUGCGAGGGGGUCCGCUACUCCGUAUGUCAGAUGGGACAGUGUCUCUGCCAAGAAGGGUUCUAUCCUGUCGGUCGAGUGUGUAAAGCUGAAAUGGGAGAAUACGUAGAGAAGGAAGAAGACUGUGGGCGCUUGAGUAAUGAGGAAAAAUUCGUAAACGGUAGAUGCGUCUGUUCUAACCAUUUCUUCUACAAUUACAAUAUGAGAUCAUGUAUAAAAGGGGUUCUUGGAAUCAACACGUCGUGCACACAAAGCAGCCAGUGUUCGCCUUACGGAGCUGCGUUCUGUCCAGCGGAAACACCAAAACGAUGUACCUGCUAUCCCUAUGCUGAGUAUGAUAGCUCUCGACAGAUGUGCGUCGGCAAGAAAGGUUACGAGCAAUACUGUGAUACAGAUGAAGACUGCACGUUGGGUAAUACACGGUGUAGUGAGGUGCAUACUUGUGUCUGCCGGCCGAACUUCUUCUAUGUGAACGAACGCUGCAAGGCGAAGCCAGGAGAAACGUGCGAAGUCGUGGAUGAUUGUGGAUUCGACAAGGCAAGCUGCGAAUCGGAAGACACGCAGCAACCGAAGAAGUGUGAAUGUAUGAAGGGUCAUCUGUAUCACGGAAAUACGUGCCUGAAGGAGGCGGAAGUGUAUGAGGAGGAGUGCACCGCAAACGAGCAGUGUCAACCAUUGCUGGGCAAUCUGGGCAAAUGUAUUGACGAAAAGUGCAAGUGUGAUGAGACUGACACGCACUUUAAUGAUGGCAAGUGUCAUCCGAAAAAAGGCUUGGACGAACGUUGCAACCUGGCCAGCGAAUGCUUCGUAGAAGAUCAAGCAGACAACGUGGAAUGCCGCAACUCGUCGUGUCAGUGCAAGUUUGAUUACUCACCGGACGUGGAACGACAGCGUUGCGUUCGACCAAGUGGCAAAAGCUCUUCCGAUCGACCGAGUGCACUGAAGGUAAUCACCCUACUGUUGACCAGUGCAGCGGUCCUGAUUACGGGUUCGGCUCUGCGGGACGCCUACUACGCGUAGUGGCCACCGAGACCGAGCCGCUUUUCUAAACUAUAGUGCAGUUACAUCAAUACUACAUACAAACAACGCAACGUAACGGUGGCAAAUCAAAACAUUGAUAGCGCGCGCAUCGCAUCGGCCUCAGUGAUUAAGAUAGAACAACGCAGACAACAAACGGUUCCGCGCAUUUGACGAAUGACGGUGGAAAUCAAUCGAAAGCAAUGGCGAGGGAAGAUACAACAAUAGUUGAGGAAUUGAUCAAAGUUCACAUCUUAAACGAAUCAUGCUUCAGAAGAGUAAGUAAGCAGCAGUAUCAGAAGAUAUCAUUCGAAAGACAUAUCGAAGUGCUUCAGUGAACUAUUUUAUGAGCUAAGUUGGAAACCUUGUUGUAGUUAAUGCUAUUUCGCCCGCGUAGUUACAAGGAACAGGAUAUCUACGAGCAGAGUUUAGCAAACAUCGAAAUUGUUACAUAUGUAUAUUCUUACCUAGAGGGGCAGAUGAGUAUAAUGAAUCGUUAUGAUAUUAUUAAUAAGUUAGAGCAUACGAGAUAUUGUAGAGACAUUUUACAAAUAAAAGCAAUAAUUAAUUAACAA